AUGGGUGGAUGGUGGAUGGGGAUGGUGGAUGGGGAUGGAAGUGAAGCAGUUGGGCAAGUGUGGCGGCAGGGAUUGGAUGGAUUUGGGGUGGAUGUCGAGGACGAUAGUGGAGUGGUGGGAUUUGUGGGCGAAGAGCAUGGGGCAGCAGCAUGGGUUGGAGGUGGUUAA